CACACACCCAGCGAUAAACCUAAAAAUUCAUUUUUUGUUUUAUUACAAAAGGAUAAAAAAGAAUAGACGAAAAUAGAAACAAAAAGCGGUUGCGGGAGAGGAUAAAUCCCAGAACGGGGAGCGGAAAAUAGUCGGAAAAAGAUUAAUCAUUUCUUCCUGCUGUCCGCAGGGAGAGAAAAAGGGUAGUACGCUCGCCCCGUCCGUCCCUUAUAUUUUCCGGGGGGAUCCAUCUCCGUUCUGCUUGGGCGGCGUCUUCUGAGGCGCAGGCUUUCCCCCCCUCCGCUCUACCCCGGCGGCCGAUUCGCGCCCCCCUCGCUCGACCCUCCAGGUCAGGGAGGCUUCUCUCCUAGGAGAGGAUCAAUGUCCAAUUAUCACGACGAUCACGUCGAAGACAUGGAGGAUGAUUAUGACAUGGACGACCCCGCUGAGGACAUGGUUGACGCCCACCACGAGCGAGGUUUAAGAGACUCCGAUUCGGAGGAUGACGAGUAUGCCCAUUCGAAUGAUAAGAUCCCAGAUACUUCGGCAGCGGAUGCAAGAAAAGGGAAAGACAUCCAAGGAAUACCAUGGGAGAGGCUAGCUAUCACAAGGGAAAACUACAGACAGACCAGAUUAGAGCAGUACAAAAACUAUGAGAACAUUCCUAAUUCUGGAGAAGCAGCAGCCAAGGAAUGCAAACCGACUGUGAAAGGUGGAAUGUAUUAUGAAUUCAGACAAAAUACUAGAUCAGUAAAAUCAACCAUCCUACAUUUUCAGCUGAGAAAUUUAGUAUGGGCUACAUCCAAGCAUGACGUCUACCUAAUGUCACAUUACUCAGUGCUUCACUGGUCAGCGUUGAGUGGUGUGGACACUGAACUUAUGAAUGUCCAAGGUCAUGUGGCACCAAGGGAGAAGCACCCUGGAAGUCUAUUAGAGGGUUUUUCUCAGACUCAAGUUAGUACCUUGGCAGUCAAGGACAAUUUGCUGGUAGCUGGUGGAUUUCAAGGGGAGCUAAUCUGCAAGCACCUUGAUCGAGAAGGAAUAAGCUUUUGCUGUCGAACAACAUAUGAUGAUAAUGCUAUUACUAAUGCAGUUGAGAUAUUCAAUACUGCUAGUGGUGCUGUUCAUUUCAUGGCAUCGAAUAAUGACUCCGGUGUAAGGGAUUAUGACAUGGAGAGAUUCCAGUUAUGCAAGCACUUUCAGUUUGAUUGGCCAGUGAAUGUUUAGGAAGCCGCAGCAAAU